AUGGACUCUGCGGUACACACCACCCUCACGGUGUCGGAGGUGCUCGCACUAGAAGAUAAGAAAGGCCUCGGCUUGACGCCGGCGCUGAUCAGACUCUACCUCGUGCUGGCCCCAGCCACUCUGGUUGUCUGCGCCACAAACGGCUUUGAUGGCUCUGUCCUCAACGCUCUCCAAGGCAUCGACGAGUGGAAGAACCAGUUCGGGAACCCCAAAGGUGCAUUGCUCGGGAUCACGAGCGCAGCAUACGCCCUUGGUGCCAUAGGAUCGACACCGUUCUCCGCCAUUGUAUCUGACCGCUUCGGUCGGCGAUGGUCCAUCUUCAUUGGCAGCCUCAUCAUGAUGCUUGGUGUCGUCCUGCAGUGUGUCAGCAAGAGUAUCGGGUUGUUCAUCGGCGGCCGCGUCGUCAUCGGGUUCGGCAUCAGUCUUGCCCUGGCUGCAGCGCCGAUUCUCCUCGCAGAGUUGGCCCACCCGCGACACCGCGUUUUCUUCUCCGCCAUGUACAAUUGCAGCUUCGCCCUCGGCUCCGUACUCGCAGCAUGGGUCGGCUACGGCAGCGUCCACAUCAACAGCUCUUGGGCCUGGCGCCUUCCCACGCUCUUCCAGGCGUGUCCGGCACUUAUACAGACGAGCGCGAUCUGGUUCCUGGACGAGUCGCCUCGUUGGCUGUGCUACAAGGACCGCGGCGACGAGGCCUUUGCAAUCCUGGUCAAGCACCAUGGUGGAGGCGAUCCGAAUCACCCACUGCCAAUCGCCGAGUACCACGAGAUGUGGGAAGCCUUGCAGCAAGAGAAGCAGACCAAGCACAGGGGACUUCGCUUGUUCCUGCAGACGCCGCAGAACCGGAAGCGGCUCAUGAUCCUGAUAUCCCUCGCCGUCUUCGGACAGUGGAGCGGCACCGGACUUAUCUCCUACUAUCUUCCCAAGAUCCUGGAAAGUAUUGGCAUUACCGGGCAGCAGGAACAGACGCGACUCAACGGCAUCGUCACCACCGUCAGCUACGUCACCUCCUUUUUCGCCGUCAUUUUCGCCACAAAGGUGCCCCGUCGGGUCCUGUUCGUCGGCGGCGGAACCUUCAUGUGGCUGUCGCUCGUUGGCUUCGCGACCUCGGUGGCCGUCUAUAAUCAGCACAAAUCGCCAAGUGCAGGCCGCAGCUCUCUGGGCUUCAUCUUCAUCUUCAAUACGGGCUACAAUUUCUGCCUCAUCCCGACCCUUUACCUGUAUUCGACCGAGAUUCUGCCCUACCGUCUGCGCGCAAUGGGCCUCAGUAUCUCCGUCUUCAGCACCAAGGCGUCUCUUUUCUUCAACCAGUUCGUCAACCCGAUCGGGCUGGCCUCGAUUGGCUGGAAGUACUACUUUGUCUAUGUGGGGUGGGUGGCUGUCGAAGUCCUGAUCAUGUUCCUCUUCUACCCCGAGACAAAGGGCCAUUCACUCGAGACCAUGCCAGAAGUCUUUGGAGAGCACGUCUUGGACAAGAAGGACGUGACGAAUGAUGAUGAUGAUGUCCAAGUUGUCGAGUUGGGUGGCAGCCCCAAGGGAGUGGAUCGAACCAAGGGCUAUGCUGAGCACGUCCAGGAUGUCGGUGUCUAG